GAUUGCAGGCUCCCUGGUUGUGACGCAGCUUCGUAGGAGGGGUUUCAAUAUAAAAAUUCCCAAGACUGUCCCACUGCUCACCUCUCCUCCUCUGAUCAGAAGACAGCUCAGAUCCUUUGAAGACAGGUUAUGGAAUCUGCAGCGAGCAACUGGUUUCUUCAGCUGAUCUGUCUUCUCAUGGUGACCUCGGUCUAUGCCAGGUCAAUGUAUCAUAAAGAAUCCCAAGGACAUCUAAACUCGGGAGGACUUGGAGAAAUUGACAAUGAGUGCUGGGAAGCAGCAACCCACAAGCUGGUGGAGAUGAAGAAGCUUCGGGUGGCAGAUACGGUCAUGGGCUUGUGGGACUUCAUGGUCUACUUGAAAGAAUCAGCUAAUCCAAAGCAUAAUGCUCUCUUUGAGGGAUUAGCACAGGACUUCUGGGACAUAUAUGUAGACUGUGUCCUCUCAAGGUCUCACGGGAUGGGCAGAAGACAACUUUCAGUUUAUCUACAAAAACCAGUGAAAGGAGACACCUUGAUCAACCCCUGGUUUUAACGUGAGGAGUGAAUCGGGAAGGUAUCACACUAGGAGGCAUUCCAUACACGUAGCAGCCCAAACUAACAACGUUUAAUCAAGAAGGUUAUUUUCCGUCUCUCUGAAUAUAUAUUCCUAUACCAAGGUUGCCUUCUUCUACUGUUGUUUAUAAUGUAUUUCCAAAAGACAAUCUCUCAGGUAGGCCGGCCCAUUCCCACCUACACACAACGUCUGUACCAUGUCACCAGGUAACAAGAACGCAGUACACUCACAUGUUUGUAUUAUUAGCAAAUUUGAAGAUCGCUGCUGAAAAUUAAUUUGUCAUUAAAAAAGUAAAUAAAGAGCAUGCAGUAUUUUAUCAAUAUACACAGUUUAUAAAAUAAAUAAAGUUGAAAAAUAUUUUUGGUA